AUGGAAGAUGGGCGACUUUGGUUGUCGAGCGCCCACGAAGAAGAGAAACUAUGGAAGUGGGCCUCGAAGAAAAUGAACAGGCUCACGAGUACGCCGACUCAAGCAGCUUUCGCUUUGUAGGGGUGAGAUUCUUAUUAAGUUAGGUAAUCUGAAGGAAAUUUUUCAGAUCUCCUACACGCUUGGGACAUAGGAGGAUGGAAGAUGGGCGACUUUGUUUGUCGAGCGCCCACGAAGAAGAGAAACUAUGGAAGUGGGCCUCGAAGAAAAUGAACAGGCUCACGAGUACGCCGACUCAAGCAGCUUUCGCUUUGUAGGGGUGAGAUUCUUAUCAAGCUAGGUAAUCUGAAUGAAAUUUUCCAGCUCUCCUACACGCUUGGGACAUAGGAGGAUGGAAGAUGGGCGACUUUUGUUUGUCGAGCGCCCACGAAGAAGAGAAACUAUGGAAGUGGGCCUCGAAGAAAAAUGAACAGGCUCACGAGUACGCCGACUCAAGCAGCUUUCGCUUUGUAGGGGUGAGAUUCUUAUUAAGUUAGGUAAUCUGAAGGGAAAUUUUUCAGAUCUCCUACACGCUUGGGACAUAGGAGGAUGGAAGAUGAGCGACUUUCUGUUUGUCGAGCGCCCACGAAGAAGAGAAACUAUGGACGUGGGCCUCGAAGAAAAUGAACAGGCUCACGAGUACGCCGACUCAAGCAGCUUUCGCUUUGUAGGGGUGAGAUUCUUAUUAAGUUAGGUAAUCUGAAGGGAAAUUUUUUUCAGAUCUCCUACACGCUUGGGACAUAGGAGGAUGGAAGAUGGGCGACUUUUGUUUGUCGAGCGCCCACGAAGAAGAGAAACUAUGGAAGUGGGCCUCGAAGAAAAAUGAACAGGCUCACGAGUACGCCGACUCAAGCAGCUUUCGCUUUGUAGGGGUGAGAUUCUUAUUAAGUUAGGUAAUCUGAAGGGAAUUUUUCAGAUCUCCUACACGCUUGGGACAUAGGAGGAUGGAAGAUGAGCGACUUCGUUUGUCGAGCGCCCACGAAGAAGAGAAACUAUGGAAGUGGGCCUCGAAGAAAAUGAACAGGCUCACGAGUACGCCGACUCAAGCAGCUUUCGCUUUGUAGGGGUGAGAUUCUUAUUAAGUUAGGUAAUCUGAAGGGAAUUUUUCAGAUCUCCUACACGCUUGGGACAUAGGAGGAUGGAAGAUGAGCGACUUUCGUUUGUCGAGCGCCCACGAAGAAGAGAAACUAUGGAAGUGGGCCUCGAAGAAAAAUGAACAGGCUCACGAGUACGCCGACUCAAGCAGCUUUCGCUUUGUAGGGGUGAGAUUCUUAUUAAGUUAGGUAAUCUGAAGGAAAUUUUUCCAGAUCUCCUACACGCUUGGGGACAUAGGAGGAUGGAAGAUGGGCGACUUUUGUUUGUCGAGCGCCCACGAAGAAGAGAAACUAUGGAAGUGGGCCUCGAAGAAAAAUGAACAGGCUCACGAGUACGCCGACUCAAGCAGCUUUCGCUUUGUAGGGGUGAGAUUCUUAUUAAGUUAGGUAAUCUGAAGGGAAAUUUUUCAGAUCUCCUACACGCUUGGGACAUAGGAGGAUGGAAGAUGAGCGACUUCGUUUGUCGAGCGCCCACGAAGAAGAGAAACUAUGGACGUGGGCCUCGAAGAAAAUGAACAGGCUCACGAGUACGCCGACUCAAGCAGCUUUCGCUUUGUAGGGGUGAGAUUCUUAUUAAGUUAGGUAAUCUGAAGGAAAUUUUUCAGAUCUCCUACACGCUUGGGACAUAGGAGGAUGGAAGAUGAGCGACUUCGUUUGUCGAGCGCCCACGAAGAAGAGAAACUAUGGACGUGGGCCUCGAAGAAAAUGAACAGGCUCACGAGUACGCCGACUCAAGCAGCUUUCGCUUUGUAGGGGUGAGAUUCUUAUUAAGUUAGGUAAUCUGAAGGAAAUUUUUCAGAUCUCCUACACGCUUGGGACAUAGGAGGAUGGAAGAUGAGCGACUUCGUUUGUCGAGCGCCCACGAAGAAGAGAAACUAUGGACGUGGGCCUCGAAGAAAAUGAACAGGCUCACGAGUACGCCGACUCAAGCAGCUUUCGCUUUGUAGGGGUGAGAUUCUUAUCAAGUUAGGUAAUCUGAAUGAAGCUUUUCAGAUCUCCUACACUUUUUGGACUGAGGAGGAUCUAAGAUGGGCGAAUUCGUUUGUCGAGAACCCACGAAGAAGAGAAACAACGGUCGUGGGCCUUUGAAGUGUACCAGUUCACGAGUACGCCGACUAAAGCAGCUUUCGCUUUGUAGGGGUGAGAUUCUUAUCAAGUCAGGUAAUCUGAAUGAAACUUUUCAGCACUCCCACACGCCUGCGACAGAGGAGGCUAGAAGAUGAGGGACUACAUUUUGCGAGAGCCCACGAAGAAGAGAAACUAUGGUCGUGGGCCUUUGAUAUGAAAAAUUUCACGAGUACGCCGACUCAAGCAGCUUUCGCUUUGUAGGGGUGAGAUUCUUAUUAAGUUAGGUAAUCUGAAGGGAAUUUUUCAGAUCUCCUACACGCUUGGGACAUAGGAGGAUGGAAGAUGGGCGACUUUGUUUGUCGAGCGCCCACGAAGAAGAGAAACUAUGGAAGUGGGCCUCGAAGAAAAUGAACAGGCUCACGAGUACGCCGACUCAAGCAGCUUUCGCUUUGUAGGGGUGAGAUUCUUAUUAAGUUAGGUAAUCUGAAGGGAAUUUUUCAGAUCUCCUACACGCUUGGGACAUAGGAGGAUGGAAGAUGGGCGACUUUGUUUGUCGAGCGCCCACGAAGAAGAGAAACUAUGGAAGUGGGCCUCGAAGAAAAUGAACAGGCUCACGAGUACGCCGACUCAAGCAGCUUUCGCUUUGUAGGGGUGAGAUUCUUAUUAAGUUAGGUAAUCUGAAGGGAAAUUUUUUUCAGAUCUCCUACACGCUUGGGACAUAGGAGGAUGGAAGAUGGGCGACUUUGUUUGUCGAGCGCCCACGAAGAAGAGAAAACUAUGGAAGUGGGCCUCGAAGAAAAAUGAACAGGCUCACGAGUACGCCGACUCAAGCAGCUUUCGCUUUGUAGGGGUGAGAUUCUUAUUAAGUUAGGUAAUCUGAAGGGAAUUUUUCAGAUCUCCUACACGCUUGGGACAUAGGAGGAUGGAAGAUGAGCGACUUCGUUUGUCGAGCGCCCACGAAGAAGAGAAACUAUGGAAGUGGGCCUCGAAGAAAAUGAACAGGCUCACGAGUACGCCGACUCAAGCAGCUUUCGCUUUGUAGGGGUGAGAUUCUUAUUAAGUUAGGUAAUCUGAAGGGAAUUUUUCAGAUCUCCUACACGCUUGGGACAUAGGAGGAUGGAAGAUGAGCGACUUCGUUUGUCGAGCGCCCACGAAGAAGAGAAACUAUGGAAGUGGGCCUCGAAGAAAAUGAACAGGCUCACGAGUACGCCGACUCAAGCAGCUUUCGCUUUGUAGGGGUGAGAUUCUUAUCAAGCUAGGUAAUCUGAAUGAAAUUUUCCAGCUCUCCUACACGCUUGGGACAUAGGAGGAUGGAAGAUGGGCGACUUUGUUUGUCGAGCGCCCACGAAGAAGAGAAACUAUGGAAGUGGGCCUCGAAGAAAAUGAACAGGCUCACGAGUACGCCGACUCAAGCAGCUUUCGCUUUGUAGGGGUGAGAUUCUUAUUAAGUUAGGUAAUCUGAAGGAAAUUUUUCAGAUCUCCUACACGCUUGGGACAUAGGAGGAUGGAAGAUGAGCGACUUCGUUUGUCGAGCGCCCACGAAGAAGAGAAACUAUGGACGUGGGCCUCGAAGAAAAUGAACAGGCUCACGAGUACGCCGACUCAAGCAGCUUUCGCUUUGUAGGGGUGAGAUUCUUAUUAAGUUAGGUAAUCUGAAGGGAAUUUUUCAGAUCUCCUACACGCUUGGGACAUAGGAGGAUGGAAGAUGAGCGACUUCGUUUGUCGAGCGCCCACGAAGAAGAGAAACUAUGGACGUGGGCCUCGAAGAAAAUGAACAGGCUCACGAGUACGCCGACUCAAGCAGCUUUCGCUUUGUAGGGGUGAGAUUCUUAUUAAGCUAGGUAAUCUGAAUGAAAUUUUCCAGCUCUCCUACACUUUUUGGACUGAGGAGGAUCUAAGAUGGGCGAAUUCGUUUGUCGAGAACCCACGAAGAAGAGAAACUAUGGUCGUGGGCCUUUGAAAUGUACCAGUUCACGAGUACGCCGACUAAAGCAGCUUUCGCUUUGUAGGGGUGAGAUUCUUAUCAAGUCAGGUAAUCUGAAUGAAACUUUUCAGCACUCCCUACACGCUUUGCGACAGAGGAGGAUCGAAGAUGAGGGCGACAUUCGUUUUGUCGAGAACCCACGAAGAAGAGAAACUAUGGUCGUGGGCCUUUGAUAUGAAAAAUUUCACGAGUACGCCGACACAAGCAGCUUUCGCUUUGUAGGGGUGAGAUUCUUAUCAAGUUAGGUAAUCGGAAAGAAAUUUUUCAGCUCUCCUACACGCUUCGGACAUAGGAGAAUGGAAGAUGGGCGACUUCGUUUGUCGAGAACCCACGAAGAAGAGAAACUAUGGUCGUGGGCUUUUGAAAUGAACCCCUUCUAAAGUACGCCGACCCAAGCAGCUUUCGCUUUGUAGGGGUGAGAUUCUUUUGAAGUUAGGUAAUCUGAAUGAAACUUUUCAGCACUCCUACACUUUUUGGGCGGAGGAGGAUAGGAGAUGAGCGACUACAUUUUACGAGAUCCUACAAAAGGGAGAAACGUUGGUGGUGGACCGAUUGAAGGGUAGUUCACGAGUACGCCGACUCAAGCAGCUUUCGCUUUGUAGGGGUGAGAUUCUUAUCAAGUUAGGUAAUUUGAAUGAGACUUUUCAGCACUCCUACACUUUUUGGACGAAGGAGGAUCUAAGAUGGGCGAAUUCGUUUGUCGAGAACCCACGAAGAAGAGAAACAACGGUCGUGGGCUUUUGAAAUGAAAAAUUUCACGAGUACGCCGACACAAGCAGCUUUCGCUUUGUAGGGGUGAGAUUCUUAUCAAGUUAGGUAAUCUGAAAGAAAUUUUUCAGCUCUCCUACACGCUUCGGACAUAGGAGAAUGGAAGAUGGGCGAAUUCGUUUGUCGAGAACCCACGAAGAAGAGAAAAAACGGUCGUGGGCCUUUGAAAUGAACCCCUUCUAGAGUACGCCGACCCAAGCAGCUUUCGCUUUGUAGGGGUGAGAUUCUUAUCAAGUUAGGUAAUCUGAAUGAGACUUUUCAGCACUCCUACACGCUUGGGACAAAAGAGGGUAGAAGAUGGGAGACUACGUCGACGGAGAAGAAUAGCGACGCUGUAUAAGGGACACGACCCCGCCAAAUUUGAGGACUAUGUACAAAGUAAGAUUUCAUUUCGAAGAGUUUUGGUUGUUAAAUAGUCAGCCCUAUAGUUUUGCAGAGACUCGAAGUAUCGAAGCAUCGCCAAGGAAUGGUUUUCGUUUUGUCACCACGAAAAGAUGUAUGUGGAAAACGAAAAAUAAAUCUGAACAGAAACUUCCUAGAACAAAAAAAAAAUUGAUUGUUCCCAUCAUACAUUGUAUAUCUGUGAUACUUUCAAAUUUUUCUAAUUUUAGUUUCCAUGAACCGAAAGUUCAUUUUAUUAUCUUUCAACUUUCUUUCAUUUUCAGUGGAAUCGGAACAAAAAAGAGCCGAGCCAAAUGAAGCCAAACGAAUUCCCCUGCACACAUAAAAAAUUUUAUGUGGAAGUUUAAUUGUGAUUUCAGGCUUUUUUUCUGAAUCUAGAAAUUAUUUUGUUCAGUCCUUUUAUAUUCAUCAUUAACUCGUUUCGACCCUCGCAAUUUUCCAAUUUUGUGUUGUUCCCGAACUAUGAAUUAUUAAUAAUAAAUUGAUUUAUAAGUUGUUCUUUUUGUUGAUACGGUUAUUCGUUCCAUUGUUACUCACCAAUUUUUGAGCUUACUUUGACGUUCAAAAAAAUUCGACAGAAGUUUUAGAUUAGCCGUAAAGAAAAGGAGCACGAGAACCUGUAAUUGGAAGUUCGGAAUCAGUGCGAAAUCCUCUUCUGUGUCGUUAUGAAGGGAUUGCAAAAAAAGAAAAUUAUAUAAAAGUAAGUAAUUUCGAGGUAUUUUUGCUUUUUUGUUUUCAUUCCUGCGUAAUUACUCAGUAUUCUGGAGCCGUGUUCACUUUAACUCACUCUGGAAAGCAAAAGUGAGAAACUAUUAACGAAUGAAAACAAUUUGGAAAUUUCGUUGAAAUGGAUCCAUCUGCCAAACUUCUGUUUUAUUCAAUGAGGUUUUUGUUCCAAACAAUGCGCCGGCGUCAUUUACUGAUUGAGGAGUCCUUUUCUGUCUGCUUUUCUGCGCGCUCUUCCUCUCGCUCUCGCCGUUCCCUCAUUUUCAAAGUCUGCGAUCGCCGAGAGCGGUUGCUCCUGAGCUCGCUCUGAAAUACAAGCGUUCGUGGGAAAAGGGACGUCUUUGAAUUGCGAAUAGUUUCAUGAUUUCUUUAAACGAACGGCUUUCAAAUCAGCUUUCAAGCAGUAGUUCAAUAACAAAAAUAGUUUUUAAUUUGGUGAGUGGGUGAAAAAGUACAACAGUCUAAGGUGGUAUCCAUGUAUUUCAAUGAAACUUUAGAAAAACAAAUCGUUCAACGUUCAUAAUGUCUCCCUUUUGAACUUCUACCUAAUCUCAUCAUCUUUUUUUUUCAAGAGAUGAAUUUCAAUUUUGCGGCUGUCAUUUACUCUUUGAACUGGUUGAACUUUGGAUUCGUUUUUUUUCAGAAACCUAGUUUUCUCACUUAUUUCGGUUAAUUUUUUUUCGCGUCAUCUCUGUCGCACGGAUUUGGUUCUGCAAAAGUAGGAUGUCAUUGUAGAGAGUGAGAUUUGGUUUUUGAUGGAUUUUUUUUGCGAAGAACUAGCUAGUAAUUUCGAUCUACCUUUUUGUUCACAAUUUCGCAAAAUUUCUUAAUUUUUAAUAAUAUUUUUUUGAAAAAGAAAAACCGUCUUGUUUAAAAACAGCACAAGAAAAAGGCGAAGAAAAAAUUAUUUUUGAAGCGAAGAAAAAUAAGAUAAAUCCUACGGAGUCUUCAAAUUAGAAGUAAUUUGAAGUCAUGAAUGUCUUUUUGGCUGGAUUCAAAAAAAUAAGCGCCUGUUGAAACCUCGUAGAGAGAACAAUGAACUUUUUUUCAAUAUUAAAUCUUAAAUUUGUUUAGUCACUGCGGAACUACGGAGAUCGACUUUUCAUGCGCAUGAGGCCCUGUGAAAUUAGAUGACUCCAGGACGUCGACCGGCACAGAGCCUACGUUAGGAAGAAACGAGGGUCUUUUGAGAAAGUGAAAAAAUACACGAGAAAAGUUUUUAAAAUGUUGAAAUGAGAUUAGACGCGCCGCCUAUUUUCCAAGUUUUGUCGGACACAUUUUUUUUUCCUAAUCUUCAUUUUCAACUUCUAUUGAAUCUAUUUUAGGCGAAUGAUGUUCACUGACCAGCCGCUUGCCCAGAAGGACUUCUACGAAACUAUGGACGUCAGUUUCAACUUUAGUGUUCAACUUUGAUUAAUGAGAUAAAUUUCAGGUGAAACCUCGAAAAGCAGAAGGGUUCCAGACUUGAGCUCCUUGAGAGAGCAGAUGAGUUCCCGACAACAACCUCCGCUCACGGAGAUAGGCCCUCAUGGCGGGUGA